AUGGCUCUGAUCCGCGGAGCGACAAGGGCGGCGUGCGGGAGGACGUGGUCUCUGCCCAGCGGGCCGCCGCUCUCCACCUACGUCUCCAAAAUGCGGUACCUGUUUGACUUAAAAGAAGAUGACCACGCUUGUAGGCAAGCCCUGAACUCAGGAACCUUCUACCUCUUUCACAGCCUGACUCCUUUGCUGCUGAAAUCCGGGAAUAGGUUUGUGCCUCCGACGUUCACUGUGUCGGAGCUGGAAAGACUGCUGGGCAAGUUUUCCCAAAACCUCCAGAGGAUCGAAGACUCGGUGCUGAUUGGCUGCUCGGACCGACGGGAGGCCCAGUUCGCGCUGGAUCUGGGUUGGAGCGAAGGCUCUUUGGAGAGAUCUGCGGUUGAAGCGGAACUCCAGGGCUCGUUCACCGAACUGCGGAAGGCCCUCUUCCAGCUGGAAGAGAAGGAUGUCACCUUGCUGUCUACGGCUUUUUCUCUCCUCCGCUGGCACGACAACCAUCAGUUCUGUAGCCGAAGCGGGCAGCCCACCAAGAAGAACGUGGCCGGCAGCAAGAGGGUGUGCCCGUCCAACGGCAUUAUCUAUUACCCUCAGGUGUCUCCCGUGGUCAUCACGCUGGUGUCGGACGGGGCCCGGUGCCUGCUCGUUCGCCAGAGCUCAUUCCCGAAGGGGCUGUACAGCGCUCUGGCAGGAUUCUGCGACGUGGGGGAGACGCUGGAGGAGACGGUCCGGCGGGAGGUGGCCGAGGAAGUGGGCUUGGAGGUGCGGAGCCUGCGGUACUCAGCGUCCCAGCACUGGCCCUUCCCCAACAGCUCCCUCAUGAUGGCCUGUCACGUGACCGUAAAUCCGGGCCAGACGGAGGUACACGUGAACACACACGAGCUUGAGGCGGCUCGUUGGUUCAGUCGGGAAGAGCUGACCGCGGCCCUGGGAAGGAAGCCCCCCGGCGCCAGGGAGCAAGGCGGUAGCAUCCCUCUCUGGGUGCCCCCCAAAACGGCUAUCGCCCACCGGCUGAUUUGUGAGUGGGUGCGGAAGCAGCAAACCUCCUCCAUUGCCGCUUAAGUCAACCGCAUCACUGGAAAGGUGGUUGGGUUGGCGGGGAGAGAGGGGCAGGAAGAGGGCCGGGACACCACCUCUCCCCAGAACGAUCCAGCGUGGCAGGGAAGAAAAACAGAGCCCCCCGUACCCUCCCCACCUCCUCGGAGACCUCAGCCAGCAAAAGUCAAGGAGGGAUGGAGAGCGUGGGCUACCCUCAUUCUCCCCCUGACUUAUCCCACUCCCCCAGCCCCCGAUCCCGUUCCGGUUUCCUUCAAAACCCUGAAACCGUCGUUCGGCUUUCAGGCCCUCUGAACGUCAGUUUACCUGGAGCCUCAAUGUCUACUUCAGGUGCGACGUCCGGUAAAACCUGUCUGGGGGCAGUUCUCGUCAGAGUUUAUAAUUUACAAAUUCUUAAAAUUCAAAUCACGCCAACAGUAUUUUAAAUUGCACACUGAUCCGUUAAUAGUAUUAAUGUACGGCUCCUGCGGGCGGAGGACUUUGCUAAAUGCUUGGGAAAGUACAACAGAAGAAGACACGAUCCUUGCCCAAAGGGAGCUUAUGAUCAGCACGUGGAUUUUUUUUUUCCAAAGCACUCUCACAUCAGUUACCUCGUUUCAUCCUCAGAGCAUCCCUGGGGGGUAAGGAGAGGCGGAGAUUAGUGGCCGUAUUUUAUAAACGAGGAAAUUAUGGUCUAGAAAGGUCGAGAAAGUUGCCUUCAUUAGGCCCGUGGCAGACCAGGGGCGGGAACCUGGCUCCCUGAUGCGGCUUUCCACUAGGUCUCGAUAAUCGCUUCCUUUGGAAGGAUAAGGAAAGUGUUUCCCUUGGGAAUUUGCCAGGGAGGCUUCUGUAGUCAAAGUGUCCCCUGACCUCCCUCCACGGCCUCAGAGCAAGAGAGGCCAGGCCAGAUCUCAUCUUAACCACCGAAUGAGGUUCUCCUGGGGCCCGCUGGGCGCAACCCCCAAAUUUGUUUUUUUCCCCAGCUCUAACUCCCCGGGGAAAGAGGCAUCGUAAACUUGGCUCUCAAGGCAGGCAAAAAUCACCAGACACCCGAAACACCAAAUGAGACGUUUAGGCAGUUUGGGACAGGUAAAAUUUAGCACCUCCGUUCUCACGUACCCAGCUCUGGGGCCCAAGGGAGAUAUUUUGGGAAAAAAAUAAAGCAGACAUGUUA